AUGCUACUUCCACUUGUUCAAAUUGUAACCGAUACCAAAACUGAUUUGAUAUCUUCUUCUCGCACUGAUAAAAUUCCAAAUAAUGCUUCUGUCAACUAUUCAAAUGAUAUUGAAAAAAAUGAUGUCGACCUUAUCAAAAAUGAUUCUCUAAUACCAAAAUCUACUGCUAUAUUGCCACUUGCUACUUCUCCUUCAUCGUCUUCUUCUCAAACUCGAUCGCUACAGCCACCAUCUUCGACAAAAGAAGAAAUAAUAACAAAAGAAAUUACAAUAAAUUUCAAUGAUACUGGAUCAGAAAAUAACAACAAUAAUAGUGUUAUAGUUGAAAAUACUGAUGGUAAUAAUAAGAACAGGAUUUCUUUAUCACCCUCGAGCACUUCAUCAUCUUCAACUAUCACCGCUUUAUCAUCUUCUUCAUCUACAAACUCUAUCAUCAAUCAAACAACUGAUCCAUCAUUACCGGUCAAUUCUACUACUGAUCAGCAACAACUAACCGUCACUGAUUCCAAAUCUGUUCAAGGAUCUUCUGAUAUUGCUUCCACAACAGAUGACAGUAACAAAAAUGUCAAUGGUGCUAACAAUCAUAAUGUUUUCGAUCCUAGCAUUGGAAAUCAUUCUAAUUCAUCGUCGUCACCAAAUGUUUCUGAUAAUAAUAAGACCGAGGCAAUUGAUGAAAAUAUUGUACCAACCGAUUAUAAUUCUUCUUCUUCAAAUCAUUCAUCAUCAUCACCGUUAUCUUCUUCACUUUCUUCUUAUCACCACAACCAGCAACAAAAUCAGAUUAACAAUCAAGAUAAUAAUCAAACAACCGCUGCAGCUUCUGAAAAUCACUCAUUCGUAAAAUACAAUGACCAGCUACAAAAAUCACAAAAGAGGAACUCAAAAGGUUAUAAUGAUGCAACAAGUUCCAAAAAUAAAAUAUCACAAUCACCAUCUGAUAAUAGUAAUAAUCUUAGCACAUAUUUUUCAUUAAAUCAUUUCAACAAUGCUCCUGCCGUCAGUAGCAACACCGUCACCACCUUUACUAAUAAUAAUAAUGCUACUGCAACAUACGCUGAUGUCCUUUCUAGGCCAAAAUCACCAAAAGGUACCAACACUAGAUCUCACACACCCUCAAGAAUAAACAAUAACAACGAGGGCAACACCUCAUUAUUUUCUACUUCUGAUCACAUCUCCCUCCUUCAAAUUGGUGGUAAAAGUUGA